GCUCCGAAAGAAGUGUUUAUACAGUGCUUACCGUAGUCUCGUAACGCGCGCAAAGGCUCAUCGUUCUCUCGUCUUCUUCUCGACUUGCAGAAAUCGGCUUCGACCUGCCCCCGGCACAAUCCUACUAUACAGAAUGAGGAAACUGACGCUGUGCCUGUUACUGGCGGGCUGCGUCGCCCUGGCGACGUCGCACUCGUACCACCUGAACGCCUGCCCGGUCGUCGAGCCCAUGCCGGGCUUCCAGAUGAGCAGAUUCCUGGGGAUCUGGUACGUGAUUCAGAAGACGUCGACGGCCAGCAAGUGCAUCACGUACAAUUACACGCGCGGCGAGGAGCCGGGAGAGUACAUCAUCACCCAAGACUCCGACAUACCGAUUUUGGGUCUGACGUCGCUGAAGCACGAGUAUCACUACACCGGUAGACUGAGCGUGCCCGAGCCCAGCGUGUCCGCUCGCAUGACGGUUCGCUUCCCUCUGAGCGUGGCGGGUAGCGCGUCGCACGUGGUCUUCGCCACCGACUACGAGAACUACGCCGGCAUCUUCACCUGUCAAAAACUCGCCUUCGCCCAUCGUCGCUCUGCCACCAUACUGUCGCGUCAUCGCGACCUCGACAAGGCCUACGUGGACAAGGUCAGGGCCAAGUUGGCCAGCUUCGGCGUCGACCCGUUCGAUCUGAGCAUCAUCGUGCAGACGGGCUGCCCGCGCGGCAACAACAGCCUCGACGUCAACGUCGAUCCGCACACCUUCACCGCGGACAAUCUCGGCCAGGUGGUGCGCAAAGCCGGUGAGAAGAUCGGCGACGGUGUCGAGUGGAUCGGCCAGCAGAGCAGCAAGGUCUAUCACAAGAUCACGGGCAAGGAGUCCAAGCCGGAUUUCGAGCCGGUGCAGCAGGGUGGCACUUCGAGGGCCGCGGCGAUAGAGCCGAUUCCCGGCUCACCCAGCAACAUACCCCAGCUGCCCAAGGCCAACAAGGACAACGAGGACAACGAGGUUGAAUUCGGGCCGUGGAGCGAUUUGAAAAAAUCUAAUACUCAGUACAUGACAUAAUUUUCUCUAUGUAUCUCUCUUUUUUUUGUAAUGUUGCUUGGUUAAGCUUGUGAUAAUUGUAAUCGACUCUCUUGUAAAAAUGAAUCAUAUUUUUUUGUACACGUCUUAUGUAAUGUGGUAAAUAAUUAUUAUUAUAUUACUAUUAUUUGUUGUAGCUGACUGUAAGUUGAAUUUGUUGGCGCAGGAACAAUAAAUUUUUCGUACGAUCAAGAACGUGUUCUAUAUUACUCGAGCUAACAUAAGUAAUUCGUAAAUAAGUAAACGAAUCGAAUGUAUUAAAAAUUAUUUACAUGUGAUUAUAAUAAUUAAAUUUGAUUACUUUCGUUCGAAAACAUUUGAAAAAUUAUUACAAACAUAAACUGUAAUCAUCGGAUGCGCUAAAGUGUAUUUAAAAAUUAAAAUAAAAUUGGAGCACGAUAGAAUUACUCUCA